AUGGCCGUAAUUUGGGAUUCGACAGUGGUACUCCUGUCUCAGGGCGUUUUCUUUUUUCUUGGUUGGCUGUUUUUUAUGAAACAACUUUUUCGUUAUUAUGAAGUCCAUCACAGAAUGGUUCAGAUUCUUUUCUCAGUUACAUUUGCUUUAUCAUGUACUAUGUUUGAAUUAAUAAUUUUUGAAAUAUUGAAUAUAUUGAAGCCGAGUUCUCGAUUUUUGCAUUGGAAACUGGGAUUAUAUUCAAUACUAUUUGUCCUCAUUUUUGCUUUACCGGUAUACGUGUCAUUUUCCCUUUUUAAAUCGAUUUCUUUCAUUCGGCGAUCUUGGUUAUUGCCUUUAACAGUUUGCUUAUGGAUGUUGUUUAUCUAUUUCUUUUGGAAAAUUGGUGAUCCGUUUCCGAUUUUAAGUGCAAAACAUGGAAUAUUUACAAUUGAACAAGCCAUAUCGCGUGUUGGUGUGAUUGGUGUAACUGUUAUGGCAAUAUUGUCUGGAUUUGGCGCAGUUAAUGCACCUUAUUGUUAUAUGACUAUAUUUAUGCGGCCUGUUCUACAGGUGCAUGUUGCUCAGAUGGAACGAAAACUUAUGCAUACUAUGGAGAUGAUCGUCUCAAAGAAAAAGCGAUUAUGCUUAUUGGAAAAAGAAGCAGCCCGCAGUGCAUUCACUCAAGAAAGCUUACUUCAGCGACUUUGGGGAUCGGUCACUUUCUCAUCAAAUUCUUUAAAAGGCCAAAUAAGCGCAUAUAAUGCUGAAAUAGUUCCCUUGGAAGAAUUCAGCCGAUAUUUGUUUCUUGAAUUAGUUGAACUAAGGAAUAUGAAGGAUCGAAUGGAAUAUAGUAAAACAUGGCAAGGGCAAUAUUUUAAUAUAAUGGGACACUUUUUUUCCAUUUACUGUAUAUGGAAAAUUUUUAUUUGCACCGUUAAUAUACUUUUCGAUCGUGUGGGCAAAGUUGAUCCCGUUACAAGAGGAAUAGAAAUUGCUGUAAAUUACAUGGGCUUUCGGCUUGAUGUUAGAUUUUGGUCGCAACAUAUUUCGUUUUUAUUGGUGGGUGUUAUUGUUGUAUCAUCAGUUCGUGGUUUGCUGAUAACUCUGACGAAAUUUUUUUAUUUAAUUUCAAGCAACAAGUCCUCAAAUUUAAUCGUACUUCUUCUCGCACAAAUCAUGGGAAUGUAUUUUGUUUCAAGUGUUCUAUUGAUGAGGAUGAAUAUGCCUUAUGAAUAUAGAUCGAUAAUAACGGAAGUUCUUGGCGAUCUUCAAUUUAAUUUUUAUCAUCGUUGGUUUGAUGUUAUGUUUUUAAUAUCAGCGUUAAUAAGUAUUGCAUUUUUAUGGUUAGCACAUAAACAAACUCCAAUAUCAUUAGAAAAUGGAUAG